UUACCUGGCUAAGAACGUACUUACCCACACUUUGGGUUUUGCUAGGAAAUUCUGUAGAUAAGGCAACAGACCUUGAGGUACCUUAUAAAUCUACGACCUUGGCCUUAACUCAGGUAGUAUAUAGGCUUAACAGCCAGAUAGUCGCUUGUUUAUUUUAUAUACUUAUAUGCAGUUCACUAUCUAAGAGUGUUUUAUUGCACUUGAAUUUACAUCAUCAGCUUAGUUUCAUUAUCAUUAAUCGAUGCACUCGAGACGCCACACUCAAUGCCAUAUUAUCUAGUUAUUUAUUUAUAACAACAAGUACACAAUAUUUACUAUAAUACGUCCAGAGAGAGACAGCCAAUUAGUAGUUGCUAUUGAUCGAUCGAUUUUGGCCGUUGCAAGGUCAGUUUCAAGUUAGCCCUGGCCAAAAAUACAAAACGAAGCGAAUCGAAACGAGACGAGACAACUUUGGAAGCAAAACAGGAUUUGCUGCAAGUUAGAAUAGACAGCACAUAAUGCGGUUGAGAAUAUUUGUUAUCAGCUGAAAAUGAUGACGCGGCAAGAUGCAGUGAAAGAGCGCAGGAGAGUGUGUGAGAGUGAGAGAGAGAGAGUGUAAACAAAUCGAGUCGUAUAGCAACUGAUAAUAUUAAGUAGCGUCUGGUACAGCUGCUGCUGUAUAAAUUAUUAUCAGGACGCUGCAGAGUCGACGCAGGGCAUGAGACAAGCUCCGGACUCAUUAUCAGCAACCGCGGCUGAAACAAAAAGGGAGAGACGCAGACAGACAGAGAGCGAGUGAGAGAGAGAGAGAGAGCGCAAAGAGAUAACCAAGUGAACAAAAAAGGGCGAUAGCAGUGCAGUUUGCCGGCUUGUAGUUUGGGUUUUUUGUGCGUUGGUCAGACAACAUUUACUUGCUGCGUGAGAGAGACGCUGCGACGUGACUUUCGAUUUCAUUGGAUUGUGAAUUUCGUUGUGCCACAGGCAACUAAAAUACAGACAGCACCAGGAGAGAAGUAGAAGCAGACACAGACUCAGACUCAGACACAGACACGCUGUCGAAGAGCUGCCAUAAUUAUCUGAAUCUGGAUCUUCUGCCAGUCAGUUCAUCAACGUUCGUCUCAGCCGCAACAUCAACAACAUGUGGCUGCUCCUGCCCAUACUGCUCUACUCGAUCGUCUUUCUCUACGUGCGACACAUCUACAGCCAUUGGCGACGCAAGGGCAUUCCCAGCGAACCCGCCACACUCUCCUGGGACUUCCUCUGCCAGGCCUAUCGUCGUGAGUUCCGGCACGUGGAGGCCAUCUGUGAAGCGUAUCACGAGGGUCGUGAUCGCCUCCAUGGCAUCUAUUGCUUCUUUCGACCCGUGCUGCUGGUCCGAAAUGUCGAGCUCGCUCGUCAUGUGUUGCAGCAGGCGAAUGGUCAUUUUAUGGAAACUAAGUGGGACUAUGUCAAGGGCUACAGACGCUUUAAUUUGCUCGAGAAAUUGGCGCCAAUGUUUGGCACUAAGCGUCUGCAGCCCAUGCUACUGAACACACAAGAUGUGGCCAAUCAAAUGAUUCAUCACUUGCAGCAACGUGAGCUGCAAGGUGUCGUCGAACUGGACGUGCAACAGCUGCUCAGAAUCUAUGCUGUGAACAUUAUGGGCAACUUGGUCUAUGGACUGGAUGUGAACAACUUUGAGCAGCAGGAUCACAUACUCAACAGCUUUGCGGAGAAUACAGCGCAGCACGGUAAUCUGCAAUGCUUCACUCUACGCGGCGUGCCGCAAAAGUCAACGCUCACGUAUCGCCUGCUGGACAUCAUUCAACGCAAUGUGGAACAACGCGAAGAACGUGGCAUCAUACGCAAGGACAUGUUGCAGCUGCUGGUGAAGUUUCGCAAUGGCAACGACUUGGGCAGCGACAAAUGGCAAGUGGAGCAUGCCAUAGAGGAAGACAAACUGAUGUCGAUUAAGCGUCUGGCUCAAGUAGCUGAGGAUUUGCUGCAGUCCGCUUUGGAUAGCUUGGCGUCAACAAUUACACUGACGCUCUAUGAGAUCGCACAGCAGCCGCUAAUUGUGGAGAAGCUGCAGGCGGAGAUUAAAGAGCUGCAGUCUGAUGGCGAUGGCCAGCUUCAGCUUCAGCUGCUGGAGCAACUGGAGGGCAUGAAGUACAUGGAGAUGUGUGUGAAAGAAACGCUUCGCAAAUAUCCGCCAGUGCCGCUGAUUGAACGCACUUGCCGCAAGAGCUACACGUUGCCUGCCACCAAAUUCACCGUUGGCGAAGGCAAGACACUGAUGAUACCACUUCUGGCCAUUCAACGCGAUGAGAAGUAUUUCAGUGAACCGCUGAAAUAUAAACCUUUGCGCUUUCUGCACGACAAGCUCAAGCAAUCCACACAAUGCCCCAGCGCUUUUGUGGGCUUUGGCAUUGGUGGAGCUCAAUGCGUGGCACAAAACUUUGCCAAAAUGGUAAUUAAAGUGGCGUUGAUUAAACUGCUGCAGCACUACGAUAUCGAGUGGAAUGAGAAUGCCGCCGCCGUUGUGGAAGUAUCGCAUCUGCCCGCACCAUUAAUAACAUCACCCGAUGGACUUAGACUUAAACUGAAAGCACGAGAGAUUUUAGCACAUAGCAACUAUCGCAAGAAUUCGAUUUAAGCGCUUUAUAUUUUC